GCAUGCGCGGUGCUUCUUUGUGGCCCGUCUCUUGGAUCUUGUCUGGUCUUCAGGGACCUUUUCCAGCAAUAACUCAAGCACAGGAACCCUAAAGCGAAUAAUAAUAAUAACAGUAAUAAUAAAUCAACUCGUAGUAUUUCUGCAUCAGAAAGGCUGUGGUGUUGAAACACAUCUCCACUGGUCGGGAUCUGGAGGACAGGCGCAGCUUCACGCGGGGCGUCGACGAGCGGAGCAUCCAUUCAUCCUUUCAUUGGCAGCCGUCGAGCUAGCUAGCAUUAGCUGAGAGACAGGGGGCAGCUGUGACAGAGGGGCUUCAAAAUGUCAGGGUACCAAGGAAAGAAGAACAUCCCACGGAUUACAAGCGACCGUCUCCUCAUCAAAGGAGCGAAGAUCGUGAACGAUGACCAGUCGUUCCUGGCUGAUAUCUACAUGGAGGAUGGAGUCAUUAAACAAAUUGGAGACAACCUGAUCGUUCCUGGAGGAGUGAAGAUCAUCGAGGCUCAUGGGAGGAUGGUGAUGCCCGGUGGCAUCGACGUGCACACCCGCUUCCAGAUGCCCGACCGGGGCAUGAUUUCAGCGGACGACUUCUACCAAGGCACCCGGGCGGCCCUGGCCGGCGGGACGACCAUGAUCAUCGACCACGUGGUGCCGGAGCCGGGCGUGGGCCUGGUGGCGGCCUUCAAGCAGUGGAGGGAGUGGGCGGACAGCAAAUCCUGCUGCGACUACUCCCUCCACGUGGACAUCACCGAGUGGAACAAGGGCACUCAGGAGGAGAUGGAGACGCUCGUGAAGGAUCACGGCGUCAACUCUUUCCUGGUCUAUCUCGCUUAUAAGGAUGUUUUCCAGCUUUCUGACGCUGAGAUCUACGAGGUGUUUAGUGUGAUCAGGGAUCUCGGCGCCAUCGCUCAGGUGCACGCCGAGAACGGAGACAUCAUUGCAGAGGAGCAAAGGCGUAUUCUGGAGUUGGGGAUCACAGGCCCCGAAGGUCACGUCCUGAGUCGCCCAGAGGAGGUGGAGGCCGAGGCGGUAAACCGCUCCAUCACCAUCGCCAACCAGACCAACUGUCCGCUGUACAUCACCAAAGUGAUGAGCAAGAGCGCGGCGGACGUCAUCGCUCUCGCCAGGAAACGAGGCGCGGUGGUUUAUGGAGAGCCCAUAUCGGCCAGCCUGGGUACAGACGGUACCCAUUACUGGAGCAAGAACUGGGCGAAGGCGGCAGCUUUUGUCACCUCGCCGCCGCUCAGUCCCGAUCCCACCACCCCCGACUACCUCAACUCUCUGCUGUCAUGUGGGGAUUUGCAGGUGACUGGUAGUGCUCACUGCACUUUCCAGACUUCCCAGCGUGCAGUGGGCAAAGAUAACUUCACCAUGAUCCCAGAGGGCACCAACGGCACUGAGGAGAGGAUGUCCCUAAUCUGGGACAAGUGUGUGGUGACGGGAAAGAUGGAUGAAAACCAGUUUGUGUCGGUGACCAGCACGAACGCAGCCAAGAUCUUCAACCUGUAUCCCAGAAAAGGCCGCAUCGCGGUGGGCUCUGACGCCGACCUGGUGCUGUGGGACCCAGACAUCACUAAGAUCAUCUCAGCCAAGAGCCACAACCUGGCCGUGGAGUACAACAUCUUUGAGGGAACAGAAGUGCGUGGAGGUCCCCUGGUGGUCAUCAGCCAGGGGAAGAUCGUGCUGGAGGAGGGGAGCCUUCACACCACAGAGGGCUGCGGCCGCUACGUCAGCCGCAAGCCCUUCCCAGACAACGUGUACAAGAGGAUAAAGGCUCGCAGCAGGCUCACCGAGCUGCGCGGCGUGCCCCGGGGCCAGUACGACGGGCCCGUCUGCGAGGUGACCGUGGCUCCGAAAGUGAUGUCCAGCGUCUCCUUGGUGAAGAGUUCCCCGGCCAAGCAGCAGCAGCAGCAGCAGCAGCAGCAGCAGAGCGCUCACCAGCCAGUCCGCAACCUCCACCAGUCGGGCUUCAGUCUGUCCGGUGCCCAGAUCGACGACAACGUUCCCCGCCGCACCACCCAGCGCAUCGUGGCUCCCCCCGGCGGAAAGGCCAACAUCACCAGCCUGGGUUAAUCCCCCACGGCCGCGUCUGAGCGGAGCCGGGUGCGGGGCCGCACGGGACCAGAGGCCAGUCUUACCAAUGUCACAUCGCAUUCCCUCAUCGCCUCUGCCUCCGCCUGCGC